AUGCCGAGGACGCAUGCGCGUCGCCGACAUUCAAUCCCCGCACCGCCAUCUUCCCUAAGGGCUGCCCGCACCUGGCGCAUGCGCACUGAGUGCGAGACCGCGCCGCGCCGCCAUUUUGAAGCCGGGCUGCCCAUAAAAGGGGGAUGGCGGAAGAAGCCGAGCCCCGCGCCCCGCUGCCAGCGCAAGGGGGGGCCCCCCAACACCCUGAGGGGUCCUCCAAGGGGGGUCCCCAAGACCCUGAGGGGCCCUCAGAGGGGGCUCCCCUCAACCCUGAGGCGCCCCCCCAACAUUUUGGGGUCCUCCAAAGGGGCUCCUUCCAACCCUGAGGAGCCCCCCAACAUUUUGGGGUCCUCCAAGGGGGCUUCUCCCAACCCUGAGGAGCCCCCCAACAUCUUGGGGUCCUCCAAAGGGGCUCCUCCCAACCCUGAGGAGCCCCCCAACAUCUUGGGGUCCUCCAAGGGGGGUCCCCAACACCCUGAGGGGCCCUCAGAGGGGCCCCCCAACGUCUUGGAGGCCUUGAAGGGGGCCCCCCAAGACCCUGAGGGCCUCUCCCUUAUCCCUGAGGAGCCCCCCAACAUCUUGGGGUCCUCCAAGGGGGGUCCCCAAGUCCAUGAGGGGCCCCUCAAUAUCUUGGGGUCCUCCAAAGGGGGUCCCCAAGUCCAUGAAGGUCCCCCCAAUACCUUGGGAUCCUCAAAGGGGGGACCCCAAGACACCCAGGGGCCCUCAAAGGGGGCUCCCCUCAACCCUGAGGGGCUCCCCAACAUCUUGGGGUGCUCUAAAGGGAGUCCCCAAGACCUUGAGAAGCCCUCAAAGGGGGCUCCCCUCAACCCUGAGGGGCUCCCCAACAUCUUGGGGUGCUCUAAAGGGGGUCCCCAAGACCUUGAGAAGCCCUCAAAGGGGGCUCCCCUCAACCCUGAGGGCCCCCCCAACAUCUUGGGGUCCUCCAAGGGGGGUCCCCAAGACCCUGAGAAGCCCUCAAAGGGGGCUUCCCUCAGGGUUGAGGAGCCCCCCGACAUCUUGGGGGCCCUGAAGGAGGUUCCCCAAGACCCUAAGGGGCCCCCCAACAUCUUGAGGUCCUCCAAGGGAGCCCCCCAAGACCUUGAGGGGCCCUCCAAUGUCUUGAGUUCCUCCAAGGGGUCACCCCAAUACCCUGAGGGGCCCUCAAAGGGGGCUCCCCUCAAGCCUGAGGGGUUGGGGACCUUGAAGGGGGCUCCCCAAGACCCUGAGGGUCCCCCCAAGAUAUCGGGGUGCCCCCCCUUUCCCGAGUUGGGGUCCCUGCGGGCAGCGCUGGAGGCUGCGCUGCGCCGGGAGCCGGGGGAGCCGACGCCAUCGGAGCUGCGGCCGCUUUUGGGGGUCCCCCUGCCCCCCCAAGCCAAGUGCCGGCAUCUGGAUGGGGCUCAGCUGCUGCGGGACAACCUCAGCCUGGAUUCGGGGGGCGCCGUGCGGGGUUUGGGGGGGCUGCGGACGGCGCUGAGCAUCCUGGAGAAGUACGGGCGGAACCUUCUGCAGCCGCGGCCCCCCCGGCACUGGCGUGGGGUGCGCUUCGGGAACCCCGUUUUCCGCAGCACCGUCGGUGCCAUCCAGGGGGGCCGGCGGGUGUUGGGGCUCCUGGGUUACACGGAGCAGACGGGCGAGGGGCUGAGCUUCCCCCCGGACGUGGAGGCGCCCCACGGCCCCCGCGUGGCCUCCGUCACCGCCGACGUCCUCCUGCUGCGUGCCGAGAUCGACCUCCUGCUGGCCAACCAGCACCCGAACCCCCAUUUCUUUACCGACCUGCUGGAGCAGCGGGCUGAGGUGAGGCACUGGGGGGAACUGGGAGGCACUGGGAGGGACUGGGAGGGGGGCUCGGUGUGCCCUUGGGGCGGUUACUGGUUUAUACUGCCGCUGGGAGCGGACGCUGGCCUGGCAGGCUCUGCCCCACAGCGCCCGCCCAGCCCCACACGUGGAGACCCCAGCUCUUUGCCCUCCAAAUGGCCCUUUGGGACCUGCCAGCAGCCCCCCGGCUCUAUGGGGCAGCCCCCCGGCGCUAUGGGGCAGCCCCCCGGCGCUAUGGGGCAGCCCCCCAGCAGCAGCGGCUGGGCCUGCGCCUCCUGCACCUUCCUGAACCCCGGCCCCAGCGUCCUCUGUGGGGUCUGUGAACGCCCCCGCCUGGCUCGGAGACCCCCGCCUGCCCCACAGGGCUGGUCCUGCCCCCAUUGCACUUUCUGGAACGAAGGGCCUGGGCCGGUCUGUGCCAUCUGCCACCGCCCCCAGGACGAGGCCCCGCCGAGCCCCACAGCCGGCCCCACAGCCGGCCCCACACCCUGCCCCACAGCCGGCCCCGAGCGCCACACCGAGAGUGACGCCGAGAGGCGGCGGCAGCAGCGCCUGCGGGAGGACGGCAGCCGCCUCGUCGCCAUCGUCAGGGCGGCGGAGGCGCAGGCGGUGCCGGCCGAGGCGGUGUGGGUCGCCGUGGGGCAGUCGGAGGCCCCGCCGUGGGUCGCCGUGGGGCAGGCGCGAGCGGCGCUGGGACCGGCGUUGGCGGCUCUGCUGGAACAAACUGGGCCGAACUGGGAGGAACUGGGACCGCUGUCCCUGCGCGAGGGCCGCCAGGGCCUGGAUCCGCGCCCACGGCAACCCCCGCAGGGCCUUACUGGGAGCACUGGGAGCCAGGAGGAAGCAGGUGCGGGCGCUGUCGGCGCUGGGGCUGUGGGGGCGGGGGGCGGCGCUGGCGCUGUUCCAGAACGGGGGCGACGUGUGGGGCGCAGCGCCGACCUCCAGCGCCGCCCCUGCGGGCCCUGCAGAGACAGCUGUGGCGCCACGAGCCCCCCCUCGACUUCGACUGCCCCGACCCACAGGGUGUUACUGGCGCUGUGCCGGCGGGCGCUGGCGGCGUUGGGCGCCCCGCAGUUGGGGUCGUGCGGAGCUGCGGAUGGGCGUUGGGGCGCGAGUUGGGCUCGGCCGCGCCACGGAGCGGAGCUGCGCGACCUCCUCGACGCCGUCAGCGCCUGCACCGACCCCGCGGCGCUUGCGGCCCUCGUGCGCCGUCUGCGGGAGAGGAGAGCGCGGGCACGGAUGCUGGGGCUGCUGUGGUGCGAGUGUGCGCUGUGCCCCGAGGUGCUUCCGGGGGCACUUCACGGUGGCGGUGCGCGAGCGCCCCGUGCGCUGCCUCUCGUGACCCGCGUGCGCCCGCCCCGACCUCAGCGCCCCCCGCCAGCGCUGCGCCUACCUCGCCGCCCUCGACGUGCAGCUCCGGCAGCACCUGGAUCGGACACGUACCAGCUCUUCACCCAGAAGGUGACGGAGCUCGAGCUGCUGCAGGACCCCCAGUUCCUCUGGUGCCCCCAGUGCUCGUUUGGGUUCAUCUUCGAGGGGGAGCGCGGUCCAGCGCACAGUGAUCCCCAAUGCCACCGGCGCUGCUGUCCCCGCUGCCGCCAGCCGUGCGUGGGGCGCUGGGGGCGCUAUGGGGUCACUAUGGGUCUCUUGGGACCCCGCGCACGCGUCGCUACUCGUGGCUCCGAGUUCCAAGGCGUGGCUCAGCGCCCGCGACCCCCAGUGCGCGCCGUGGGGCUGGCGGCCUUCCUGCAGGAGCAGCGCCUCACGUGCCCCCGGUGCGGGCUGCCGCUGGCGCUGGCGCGGGGCGGAUGUCUGCACUGCCUCUGCCCCCACUGCCAACACCACUUCUGCAGCGCCUGCGCGGGGCCCUUCUACCCCAAAGACUGCUGCCCCGAUGAUCGCUGCCCCCUCCGUGGGUCCCUCCAUGGCCACCACCCGCGGCGCUGCCUCUUCUACCUUCGCGACUGGGACCCGGCCCGGCUGCAGCGCCUCCUGGCGGACGCCAACGUCCCCUUCGAGACAGAGCCCCCCCCGGUUUCUCGGCCGCACCCCGGAGGUCGGUGUUCCCCCCCCCCCCCCAAACCCCCUUUCCUCCCUCCUCCCGCUGCGCCCCCCAAGUGUGGGGCAGCCGUGGGGCAGCGCUGGGCCCUCUCUGCAGGGGGCUGUGGGCUCGUGGAGCAGAAGGAGGCGCCGGAGGGGCUGCGGGAUGAGCCCUGCGGGCGCCCCACCGAGGAGGGCCACGGCGGCCUCUGCCGGCGGCACUACACGGAGUACCUGGUGGGGUUGGUGGGCGCCCACGCGCUGGACCCGCGGGAGCUGUACGACUGCGGCCGAGCUGGAGGCGGCCGCCGAGCGCCUCGUGCCGGGGGGGCGCCCCCCAACAGCCUGGCC